AUGGUGAUACCUGUUGGAUUAUUUCAUGAUGAACCUCACAUAUUAUUCUUGCACUUGAACGUAGCUAUUAAUCUUCACCAACAUUUACAUCGUUAUAAUGACGUAGUAACUGUUUUAAAUAGUGAAAAUGCUCUCUUCAAUCGACUCGCUAUGCCUAAUCAGUCAUUUGUGAUCGUUGCUCUACUACCAGAGCAAGUUUUAGAUCGAACCCAUAGCUUCAAUCAAAUCAACUUUGAACCAUAUGCAACUGUCGAUUAUAUUUAUCUACUAUAUAAAAAGCACCCAAUAUACGUCACAAUUAAGCGAGAUCGUUUUCAACAAUUAAAAGGUUGGCAUUCGAUCACUGAUGAUACGUUGGACAAAAUCAUAUGGAUCGUUUCAAAAACAUUAGAUCGUAACGUAAACUAUUGUAACGAACGUGCUUAUCAGAGCGCUCGAGAUGGUAAUAACGGUUUAGCUGCAAUCUAUGAACAGCAGCGGCUCGAGCGAAAUCGGCUUCGAAUAGAUGCUAUGCAGCAAUUACUAGACUUUAUAUAA